GGCGCUGCGCCCCGAAGCCCGAGCCCGCCACCUUCUCCGGCGCCGCAGAUUGCCCGCCCGGUCGCCGCCCGAGGAGUCUUGGCCCAGAAUUUUGCAUUCCAGAAAUCCCCAGAAAUUGUCUAGAUAAGAAAGAUACUAUAAAGGCACCAAAAACCAGACAUAAUGGCAAAUUCCUAAUGUUUGAUCCAAAGGAAAAAGUGAUGAUGGAACCAAAUGAAGCAAUGUCAAAGUUCUUUGGACGCAGACCAAGAUUGGCAAACAAAGUUUGUAUAUCACCAACACAAGACUCUCCAAGUGUAGCUAAGACAUUCUUGGAAAAAAAGGAAUUCUCUUCAAAGAAGAUUGAAGAUAAAAUCUCCUUAAGGAAUACUGAAAAUAGAAUGUCUUCAAAGAGUAUUGAAAAUAAAGAUAACUUAAUAAACCGACAGUCUAGUAUAUGGUCAUCUUCCUUUUUAAGGGAAAUCACAGGUGAAGGGGGCCAAGAUACAGGCCUUGCAAAGCAGGAGAAAAUCAAUGAAUACUGCCAUCAGGAUAUUGAUGACAAGUUGUCUGAAUCAACAGAUGAGGAUGAAGAUAAUCCCAAUGAUGAUGAUGACAAAGGCAGUAAUCCUAAAAAGAAGACUCGGGCCCCAUUGGAGUUAAUGGCAGAAUUCCUAAGAGCAGAAAUGUGCCGAGAUUACCAGCUGGCAAAAAAGUUAUGUCAGAUGAUCCUAAUUUAUGAACCAGAAAAUCCUGUGGCCAAGGAGUUUUUCUCACUUAUCGAAGAAAUAUUGCGGAAGGAGAAAGCGCAUAACGUGGAGGAGGAAGACGACAAUGACAGUGACGAGGACGGCAGCAGUGACAGCGAAGAGGAGAGCAGCGAGGACGGGAGCGACGACAGCUCUGACGACUGCGACGAUGCGUCGUGAACGUCACUGCCAUAGAUAGAUAUUUUCACUAGUGUAGCCAAGCAGAUAUAAAGAUGAAAGCCACA